AUGACGACUCGAUACCGAGUUGAAUAUGCUCUUAAGUCUCACCGCAGGGACCAGCUGGGACUUCUUGCUGUUCCUUUCGUACUACAUUCGCAACCAACUGCACUGUACCAAGAGAACAGUCCCAGCCUUGCUCUUCUUGCCGCCAGAACUCAUGACCGUUAUGUGGAGAUCAUGCAUGAUGUGGAAAGCCUCAUAGACGACCACAUCAGCCAUCAGAAAAGUGGAACCAGCCAUCGUUCGAAAUUGAAGCUUCUAGUCCCUAGCAUUGGAAACUUCUUCACUCCUCUACCUUUGGCUGACGCCUUCAGAUAUCAGGACAAGAAACGAUUCAUCAGCAGUCGGCGAUUUGUGCCGCCAUCUUUCAAUGACAUUCGCAACAUCCUUAACACAGCACAACUAUUGGGCCUUCUCCACGGUGGAAAGGUUGAGCUCAUCACUUUUGAUGGUGACGUGACGCUCUACGACGACGGAGCAUCACUGACUGUGGAAAACCCUGUCAUUCCACGGAUAAUCCGUCUCUUGCGCCAAGGGAAGAGAAUCGGCAUCGUAACCGCUGCUGGAUAUACCGAGGCAUUCAGAUAUUACGAGCGUCUCCACGGUCUAUUAGACAAUGUAAACAGCACCCCAGACCUUACCAGUGACCAAAAAAACAGCCUUAUAGUAAUGGGUGGCGAGAGCAAUUUCCUAUUUAGGUUUGAUAGCUCAUCCCCUCAUUUCCUCUCUCCUGUCGAACGGAGCGAGUGGCUCCUGGAUGAAAUGAAACUGUGGAAAGACGAAGAUAUCGCUGAACUUUUGGAUAUUGCUGAAACAGCACUCCGUGACUGCAUGACAAACCUGAACCUUCCCGCUAUCAUUGUUCGCAAGCCGCGGGCAGUUGGUAUAUCUCCACUUGAGGGAAAGCGGAUGCAAAGGGAACAGCUUGAGGAGACGGUUCUAGUAGCGCAACAAACGGUCGAAUUGUCAUCGGUGGGCCACCGCCUCCCGUUUUGUGCGUUCAAUGGGGGAAACGAUGUAUUCAUCGACAUUGGUGAUAAAUCGUGGGGUGUGCUCGCCUGCCAACGCUACUUUGGCGGAAUCGCCCGCUCUAAAACUCUGCAUAUUGGCGACCAGUUCCUUUCCGCAGGUUCCAAUGACUUCAAGGCCCGCCUGGCAUGCACCACAUCUUGGGUUUCCAAUCCGGGGGAAACAGUGCAGUUACUGGAUGAGCUCGAUGCACUGGAAAAUGAAGACAUAUCUAAAUGA